AUGGAGGGGACGGCCAUCAGCAUCGGCAAGUCCGUGUUGAGCGGGGCGCUCAACUACGCCCAGUCGGCUGUGGCCCAGGAGGUCGCUCUGCAGCUUGGUGUCCAGCGUGACCAUUCCUUCAUCAGGGGUGAGCUCGAGAUGAUGCAGUCAUUCCUGAUGGCUGCACACGGCGAGCGAGACGACAAUAAGGUGGUCAAGACUUGGGUGAAACAAGUCCGCGACGUGUCCUACUCUGUCGAGGACUGCCUCCUGGAUAUUGCUGUCCGUCUGGAGAAGCAGUCUUGGUGGUGUCUCUCUCGCAAGGUGCUAGCUCGUCGUUAUGUGGCAAACCAGAUGAAGGACCUCAGAGCUGAGGUGGAGGAGGUCAGCCAGAGGAACCAACGGUACCACCUCAUCAAGGGCUCUAGCUCCAAGCCUACCUAUGCUGUUGGGCAGCCUAUCAUGUCGAGCGCGACGAUGUCUGCCGCCUAUGAUGCAAGGCUGCGGCGGCAUAAAGCAAAAAUGGAUCUUGUUGAGUUGAUCAAUUACAAGGAUAAUGCACUUCAAGUGAUAGCGUUGUGGGGCACGAGUAGCACUGAUCUGGGGGAGAUAUCCAUCAUCAAAAGUGCUUAUGAAGAUCCCAUGAUACACAACAAUUUUGAUUGUUGUGCUUGGAUCACAUUGAUGUGUCCUUUCAGUCAGACAGACUUCAUUCGAAGCAUUGUUAGGCAAAUCUGUGUUAAUUCUCUUCAAAAGACAGGAGAGGAAGGGAAAACCACUAUUGGGGCCCAAGUUUUGAAGAUGAUGGCAAUGACAAAAGAAGAUGAUUUGGCUUGUGAGUUCAAGAGAUAUUUGAAUGACAAGAGUUACCUAAUUGUACUCAAUGACGUACACAAGAUUGAAGAGUGGGAUUGCAUUAAAACAUGUUUCCCAAACAACAACAACAAAGGAAGCUGA